GCUGUCACUAUUCAAAAGUUAUGGCGUGGUCACCUUGCCCGUCGCCAGUAUAGAAAAGAACUGGAAGCUGCCGUGGACGAGAUGCGUACUGGAACCUAUAACAGGUGUGCUACACAAGUAAGAGACAGAAAUACGAAAAAAACGCUGUGGCUUAGAUUCAAAGUGCUUGGAGAGGAUACCGAAGUCGAAGAUGCCGUUUUAACUUCUAUGCGCGAAAGGCCUAUUUGCACACCGUGAGAUUAAACGGAUCCUUCGUAAGAGAGCAACUAGUUGCCUAUGAAGACGAAAUGAACAGGAAGCAAGUUGUGGAAAAGGAAGCAAAAGAACGGGAACAACUUUUGGAGUGGGCGAAAUCUCAUCAUUUUUGUCUGUCGACUAAAGCACAACCAGGAGUGUACAACAUUACCGGAAAGAAGGGGUCAAAACUUAGUGACGAACUGUUGCUAGCCGCUCGUCCGGAAAUUAUCAGAGAAAAAAUCGGUAGAAAACCAGUUUCGUGUGGACUGGAAAACACGAGAACAGCUGUUCAAGACAAGGAGACCGCGGUGGUUAAACCGAAGAUUCAAGGUCCCUUCAAGUCACCCGAAGAAAUACUGAAGUGGAAGUCCGCCCCAAUCAUUUCAUCUCUCAUGGUUGAAACGGAUUAUUUCGCAAUGAAAAAAGCUCUUGAAUUGUCAAGGUUGGAAGAGUGGGCUGCAAGAGUGCAUGAUGAGCCCUUUCGCUCCGGAUGUGCCCCACCGCUACCUUACGUGAAAUUACUCCGCACCGCCGGCGAAUACGGGGCGAUCGAUUAUGGCACAAAACACUUCCGCGCCUAUGAGGAUUCACGCAACCCGUCAUCAGGAUCGGUUGCAAAAGAAACGGAGAAACCUCGGUUUCAGACCGUUGUACGACCAGUCGACCUGUUUGAAAGGCUGGGUCGUGGGCACACUCAAAAUUUUGUUCGGAUCUGAAGACCCAAAAAGUUUUGUCUUCCGCUGAAUCAUUUUGCGUUCAUUUUUGCUUUCGACUAAUAUUUUUCAUACCAGUCUGUUUCUUCCGCUUAUUGAUGCAAAACUUGGAAUCGAGAAAUUGAACAAAAUCGCCGGAACAGGAUUUACUUACCGCUGAUUUUCAAUGAACUGAUUGUACAGAAUUCAUGUCUCUGGAUGAGCCUUGUCAUUAGAAAAUGAAUGUUGCAUACAGUGGGUCGGAGUCAGAUGUCUACCUUAUUCUGGCGGUGAAUGCAUUAAUCUGGCUCACAGUGAAACUCUUGUUGGACGGGAUGUUUCCUGAUUGAAGACCACUACGGAUCGUGUACGGCACCUAAAUUGCGUUUUCCAGACAAAAGCCAAUUUUUAUAGGGAUAUUUCCAACUUUGUUUGUACCUCGGACAUUUUUCGACCAAAAGUACAUCAUUUCUUC